AAAAAGUGUAAAAGGUCAGCAGACAAAACAAAAAAUAAAAUACAUAUUUAUGUACAUAGGAGACUCCAUUGAUGUCUAGAGUUAUUGGAUGUACGAUUAAAGGCAUAAUUUUCUUCACUCAAGGAUUUGUGCGAAAAAAGCAGGUUUUUAUUAUUAGCACACUCUUUUUCAACUUGAAGUCAUCGUAACCAUCUAAGUCAUCAUCUACAAAUAUUAUUAGGAACACAACAAACGUGGAAAAUUAAAAUAAACAAAAAUCAACAAGAACAAAAAAGCCGUUUAAAAAAAAGAAAAACGUGCCACCUAAAUAACAACCCAUACCCCGGUUCGUUUAUAUUGAAAUGUUGCCAUUUACUCCACAAAUUGUCAAAAGAUUAUUAGCAUUAAAGAAAGGCAACGAAGAUUCAGUGGAAGGCAAGUGGUCAGAAAAAGCUGUCAAAAAUCUUGUCAAAAAAUUAAAAAAAUCAAAUGCUCUAGAAGAACUCGAAAAAGCCAUUUCAACACAAAACUGCAAUACCAAGUGUGUUACUAUACCUCGGAGUAAGCCAACAACAGGCUCAGAAAAUCUUCGCAAAGGACUGCCACACGUGAUUUAUUGCCGUCUCUGGCGUUGGCCCGACUUACAGUCACAGAAUGAACUAAAAGCACUCGAUCAUUGUGAAUUUGCUUAUCAAUAUAAAAAAGACGAGAUCUGCAUUAAUCCGUAUCAUUAUAAAAAAGUCGAACUAUCAAUUUUAGUACCAAAAUCGCUGCCAACACCACCUGACUCAAUAGCAGAUUAUCCAUUGGACAACCAUAGCAAUCAAAUACCCAACAACACAGACUACAAUGCAAUAAGAAGCAACUCACUGACCCCGCCGUAUAUGGAAGCAACCGCAUUGGGUCAGCAAAUGCCGUGUAACGCAACCAUAAUGGAUUCGAGCGGUGGCACUCUCUCCGUUGGUAGCAGUAUACCAAAUACCGGAACUCCACCACCAGGCUACAUGUCCGAAGACGGUGAUCCAAUGGAUCAAAACGAUAAUAUGAAUAUGUCACGUCUUACUCCACCAGUAGAUGCUGCGCCCGUUAUGUAUCACGAGCCAGCUUUCUGGUGUUCUAUAAGUUACUAUGAGCUCAAUACACGCGUAGGUGAGACCUUCCAUGCGUCCCAGCCAUCGAUCACAGUUGACGGCUUUACCGACCCAUCAAAUUCGGAGCGCUUCUGUUUAGGUCUCUUGUCAAAUGUCAAUCGCAACGAAGUGGUAGAACAGACGCGACGGCAUAUUGGCAAAGGGGUACGGUUGUACUACAUAGGUGGUGAGGUAUUUGCCGAAUGUCUUAGUGAUUCAAGUAUCUUCGUACAGAGUCCAAAUUGCAACCAACGCUAUGGAUGGCAUCCGGCAACAGUUUGCAAAAUACCACCAGGGUGUAAUUUAAAGAUUUUCAAUAAUCAAGAAUUUGCAGCGUUGCUCUCACAAUCGGUGUCGCAGGGAUUUGAAGCAGUUUAUCAGUUGACCCGCAUGUGUACCAUACGAAUGUCUUUUGUCAAAGGCUGGGGAGCCGAGUAUCGCCGUCAAACGGUCACCUCGACACCAUGUUGGAUUGAAUUGCAUUUGAAUGGUCCGCUACAGUGGCUGGAUCGUGUUCUAACGCAAAUGGGAUCACCUCGUUUGCCAUGCAGUUCAAUGUCAUAAAUACAUUGUUUUUUUUUUUUUUUUUAAUAAUAUAUACAUAAAUUAAAUACAAACAAACCCCCAAAAAAUAAAAGUAAAACAUUAAUUGAACGUAUAUCAUGUACACUCUGAAUAUUUUUCGUGAGCAAAUAAAAAAAAAUCAUGAAUCGAUGAUGACUCUAUAAGAAGUCUUUAAAUAUAAUUAAAGAUAUUCAUUAUGUUUUUUUUUCUUUCUAUUUUGAAUCAUCAUGUUUUUAUGUUGCCUUGAUUAAGUUUAAUUAUACUAUUUGUAAACAAAUUUUUAUUUUUAAUAAUUUUUUUAAAUAGAAUGCUAUGGAAAAAAUGCAUAUUAAAAUUUAAUUUAAUAAAAGUAAAUAGGUUUGUUUCAGUUUGCAGAGAUUAUAAAAUGUGUCAAGAGACUAUAGCUUGUUGUAACUUUUUGUAUCUGUAAUGUUAAAUCGUUUUGUUUUUUAAUAAGUAAUACUAUUUUUUGACUUGUUGAAUUAUUUCUAAAACGUUUUUUUUUUUUUAAUUAUUCAAUUAUUCCAGGUUUUGAAAGUAUGUAAUACACACAAAGAGCUUUUCUUAUAACGAGUAUCGAAAUUUUGUUACCAUGACUUUUAGAUAAUUUGACGAUAAGUAUUUUGAAUCGGAACGAAAUUCAUACAGAAAAAUAUGAAAGAUUCGUUUCGAUUCACAACACUUCAAGCCAACUUAUAAAUCGCGUACCUUUCGCUGUUUUUGUUUUUUUUUUUUUUUUUACAAAAUUUGUGGAUUUAUUUUAAAAGUGAUUUCCGUUUUUAGAGUCAAUACUGUCCGUCACUAACCUGAAAUAAUCAAAAGUGUUUUGGCCAAUACACCAAUAAAUCCAUUCUUUGAUUUUGUCAUAUGAGUGCAAAUGCUCAGUCAGGCCUUGUACCAUCCAACAAAACAAAUAGUAAUCGGAAGGAGCAAUUUCUAGAGAAUACGGCGGGUGGGAUAAAAUUUUCCAUUACAGGGUAGGUAUGUAUGUCUUGACGGGUUUUGAGGCAUGUAGUGUUUUCUGGUGGACAGCCGGAAAAGUGUAUUUUGGACAGUAAACUCGUAUAUUCUGUUUGUUUAAAAAUUGCUACAUUUGAAUGUGAACAUUUCAUAUUUUGUUUAGUUUAACAGACAAAUUGUUUUUGAAACUGCGAAGUGGAUUUCGUUUGAUUCGAACCUUGAAUUUUUUGAUUCCGAUGAUACACUCUGUGUCCUUCCACUUCUUUCGCGCCUGGCCGUGCCACCAGUUUCUAUUAUUAUAAGGUCAUUAAGCUUAAUUUUUGAACAACAUGAGACUUUUCUGUGAAAUGAAACGCAUUUGUUAAUCUAUUUGUAUUGCUGUUGAAAUUUCCCAAAAAAAGUAUUCGAUACAAUCAGUUUUUUUUUGGUUGAUAGUUUUUUAAUAACUAGUUGUUUUAAUAACUACUCAACAAAGAUAAGAUGCAGAUGCACUCACAAAGCUAACAAGAAACUUUGUCAAAAUUCAAUUAGCAGUCGGAUUUGUAAUUAACCUCUGCUUGUAUGGGCAGCUGCGUAUUUGAAUAUCUUACAUGUUAAUUCUUAUUGAAUUGCAGAUAGUUCUUUCUUGUUCUUAAAACUUGGUUACAUUAUUAUUUAAUUAAUUAAGUUGUUCUAUUUGCUUAUUAUUAUGCUUAAAGCAUACAAUUUAAUUAAUGGCUAAAUGAAUCCUCUAUAAUAUUAAUGUGUUAUUGUUUAACUUUUAUUUAUUUAUGUUUGCAUAUAUUAUAGUAAAGUUGUAACUCUGUUCAAUUAAAAAUUUACAAGCUACCGACUCUUGAAUACUGAAAGAUCAGAGUUGGAAACGUGAUCAGAGUGAUUUGUGAUUAUCACAAGUGAUAAAAUUUAUUGUUAUUUAUUUAAAAAAAAAACAAA